AUGGAGAUAAACAUCACAUUUUCUAACCCUGUGGGGUUUCUGAUUGCUGGUUUUCAGAAUCUGCAGCACAGUGAUUAUUAUUUUAUAUUCCUGGCUUUCAUUUACCUGGGAACCCUGAUAGCCAACUCCAUUCUAAUGUAUGUUAUAUGGCUUUCCGAGUGUCUUCAUACACCAAAGUACAUAGCAGUUUUUAAUUUAUCUGUAGUAGAUGUGAGCAUUGGCACAGCUCUUAUCCCAAAAUGUAUAGAUUAAUUACUUUUUGACUCAAGAUUUGUGUUAUAUGAAUCAUGUUUAACUCAGCUGUUCUUCUUUCAUUCUUUCUAUGCCCUGGAAUCUCUUUCCCUUGUUGUUAUGUCUUACGAAAGACUCGUCUCUAUUUGUUUUCCACUGAGAAGUAGCACAAUCAACACAAAUGUGACGAUGUUCUAUAUAAUUGGUUGCUGCUGGGUUUUAGCUUUAACAUAUUUUGUUGUUGCAGUGGUUUUUAUAGCACGCUUGUCAUUCUGCAAACCUAUUCCUGUCAUUAAGAGUUAUUUCUGUGAUCAUGGAGCAGUGUACAAAGAAGCCUGUAGCAGUAAUAGUACAAAUAAGAUUAUAGGUAUUGUUUAUACUUUUACUUUCAUUUUUUUUGCCAGUGGCUUUCAUUACUAUAUCAUACGUGUGCAUUAUAGCUGCCCUUACAAGGAUUGCCUCUGCCCAGGGGAGGUGGAAAGCAUUUAA